AUGAAAGCGAAAUUGAGUGCACAAAGAAUAAUAGAAGAUGGAUCAUCUACGUAUUUAUGUACAGUCGUAUCUUUAUUUUUGCUGAUUGGAAACAGUAGUGACGAGUUUUUUUGUGAGAAAUUUAACGUAAAAUAUUUUAUCGACAGUAAAACACAACCGGUAGCGUUCACGCUAACGGCGUACAGAAUAGGAUGUAUAUCAUUUAGUCUCGGGAAGUUAAAAAUUCGGCUAGUCCUUCAUACACCUGGAUUGAAUAUUCAUCUUCCUCUUUUAUCCUCAAUGAUAUAA